UCUCUCUCUCCCUCCCCCCUCCCUUGCUUCUUGUCCUGUUGCGUGCACCCUGCACACGUCUGUCCUGAAGCCAUGACGUCCCCUGCCGAUCUCAGCAGUCUGCCUCGGUGUGUGAUCAAGUCCGUGCUCAACGGCAACACCAUCGUCAUCCGGGCCCCCUCUGGCAACCCCCCACCCGAGAAGGUGGUCUCCCUCGCUGGUAUUGUUGCCCCUCAGAUGGGCAAGGAUGCCGCCACUCCCUCCGAGCCCUUUGCCUGGGAGGCGCGCGAGGCGCUGCGCAAGUUGUGUGUCGGUCGGCCUGCGGCCAUCCGCGUGGAGUACUCUUUGCCCAACGGCCGGGAGUUCUGCACCAUCUUCGUUGGCCCCAACCCCGACACCGACAACCUCAACGCCCAGUAUGUCGAGACCGGCUUCGUCAAGGUCCGCCAGCAGAACACCAAGCACGAUCAGCCCGCUCAUCUCGCGGCCCUGCUCGCGGCCGAGGAGUCUGCCAAAGAGAAUGCCGUUGGCGCUUGGUCUUCUACCAAGCCUCUCUCGCCCAACCCGCCGCUGUUCACCGAUGCCAAGCCCGCCGAGGCCUUCCUAGCCAAGAACAAGGGCAAGACCCUGGAGGCUGUCGUCGAGCGUGUGCGCAACGGCUCCUCCUACCUGGUCACUCUGCUCCCCUCGCGUCAGGCGAUCAACCUUCAGCUGGCCGGCGUGCGGGCCGGGUCCUCUCGCGCCGAGUCCGAUGAUCCUGUGGCCGCCGAGGCUCACAGCUUCGCCGAGUCGCGUCUCCUCCAGCAGAAUGUCACCGUCAUCCUGGAGGAUCUCAACCCUCAGAGCCUCUGGUUUACCGGGUCCCUUACUAAUCGUGCUGGGGCUUCCUUUGCCGUGGCCCUGGCCCAGGGCGGCUACGUCCUGCCCAAUGAUCAUACCAUGGCCUCCGUGUCGGCGGCCGCCGGCGGGGUGACUCCCCUGCUUGGUGCCUUCAACCAGGCGCGUAGCAAGCGCCUGCGCGUGUUCCGGGAUUAUGUUCCGCCCGCGGCGACCGCCGCCAAGGUGGUGGGUGGUGCUGGUGCGACGUCCUCCUCAGCCGCUGCCAGCGGCCCCACUCAGGGCAAGGCCUACACUGCGGCUCGCGUGUGCCGUGUCGUCAGCGCCGGCAUGUAUGCCAUGUACUCGGCUGAGACCGGCUUCGAGCGCGAGACCCGCAUCCAGCUGGCCGGUGUCUUUGCCCCGAACCUGAAGAACGAGGCCGAGGCCCCGUGGGUGGCUCGCUCGCGCGAGUUCACUCGUGAGCUCCUGAUGGACACCAAGAAGCCAGUGACCGUCACCCACGAGUACAGCCGCCCCGGCGUGGACGACUUCGAUGAGCGCCCGUGUGUGUCCAUUCGAAUUGGCAACCUUGACCUUGCCGUCAAGCUCAUCGAGUCCGGCAUGGCCACCGUGCAGAAGAUCCGCCAUGACAUGCCCCGCCCUCUGAACUAUGAUGCCCUGAUCGCGGCCGAGAUUCAGGCCAAGAACAAGAAGGUGGGCAUUCACUCGGGCAAGCCGCCGGCCGCGGGCGGCCUGAAUGACAUCAGCGCCUCGGUCAACAAGGCCAAGCAGUUCCUGCCCUUCCUGACUCGGGCGCCUGGUGCCCGUCAUCGUGGCAUUGUUGAGCACGUUGUCUCCGGCAGCCGGAUGAAGAUCAUCCUCCCAGGGGACUCGGUCCUGCUGACCUUCUCCCUGCAGGGGGUCCAAUGCCCUCGUGCCCCGGCCGGCGGGGCUGGCUCCGGCGAUCCGAGCAAGGAGGAGCCCUUCGGCGCCGAGGCGCUCGCUUUCACCGCGGCCCAGGUGCAAAAUCGCUCGGUCGAGGUGAGCAUCAGCGGGGUCGAUCGCACGGGCACCUUCACCGGUAGCCUCUCCUUCCAGGACUAUGAGGCCGGUGAUGACAAGACUCAGGCCGACCUGGCGGUCAGCCUGCUGGAGCGCGGCCUGGCCAACACCCAUGCCUACUCGCUGGAGUAUACCCCCAAUGCCGCGGAGCUGAAGCGCGCGGAGGAGGCGGCCCGUCAGCAGAAGCUUGGUAUUUGGAUUCGCCGGGAGGAGGAGCUCCGCCGGGAGGCCGAGCGCAAGGAGGCCGAGGCCGCGGCCGCGGCCAAGACCGAGCAGCGUGUCAUUUAUGUGACUGAUGUCCGCCCGCACACGGGCACCUUCAUGGCGCAGCUGGAGUCGGUGCACACCUCCGGCGAGCUGGCCCAGCUUUCGACCCUCCUCCAGGCCGAGGCCGAGGCCAUCGCCAGUCCGCCGGAGGUGGCGGCUCUGCGCGCGCGUGGUGCUCUCUUUGCCAUUUACCUCGAGUCCGAGGGCGGCUGGUUCCGCGGGCGCAUUGCCCGGGUGGCCGGGUCCACGGUGGAUGCCAUUCUCGUGGACUAUGGUUGGGUGGAGACUGGUCUGCCGGUUUCGGCUGUCCGGGCCCUGUCGUCCAGCCUGGCGGCGCGUCCGCCGCUGGCCGCCGAGUAUACCCUGGCCGGGCUGCGUCUUGCGGAGCCGUCUGCCACCGCUCGCGAUGCCAUCAAGCGCGCCCUGGCCGGGCAUGACAUUCAGACGGCCAUUGAUGCGGCCCUUGGCGAUGGCGACAGCUACUACAAUGACGCCAUCAAUGCCCUGGCCGGGUUGGUGUCCAAUGCCACCCUGCGCGUGUACACCAUCGGUCUGCGUGAUCCCACCACCGGUGCCCAGCCGGUUCUGGCCUUCCUCAAGGAGGGCGAGGUGAUCAUGACCGACUCCAUCAACGCCAAGCUGGUGGACAUGGGCUUCGCCUUUGCCGAGUCCCAGCCCCCGGCUGCCGGUGCGUCGGUGCCCAUCUGGCUGGCUGCUGUGCUGGCCGCCGAGAAGAAGGCCAAGGCCAAUCGCGUCGGCAUGUGGGAGUUCGGUGAUCUCACCCCGGACGAUGACACCAGCUUCGGCAUGACCGGUCUCCGCCUGCGUCGCUAAAGGUCCAUCAUGUCGUUUGUUGUUUUUUUCUCCCCUCAUGACAUGAUCGCGCCCUGGUGGCGCUCAACCACAUAUCCGAUGUGCAUCGAGCCCCUUUCGGCUCUCCCGCCUUCUCUACCCUUCCUCCCUCCGGAGGGUGUCCACAUAUGUAUAUAUAUAUAUAUAUAUAUAUGU